GGCGCGGCCGGCCAAUCAGGCGGCGGCCCCAUGGCACUAACUCCGCUCGCGCAGACAGAAGAUUCGCUCCAACACCAAACACCCGCCUGCUGCACCUGCACUCCUCAGGGUCACACAAGUGACAAGCACCGUUCUCGACCGCACUCCACCGCCCAUCACCUCGCCCUCGAGGCGCAUCUCUCCCACGCGUGCGAGCGCUUCUCAACGAGAUUCCGAGCUGUCUCAAGCACGAUCUGCCCAGCGUGCCGGAGGGACCUGACGUCUUGCCGUUCGCCCUUGCGGUGCUCCCGUUGCGGGUAUCCGAUCGCCCAGACGAACAGCGGGAUCACCACCCGGCCCGCGAGGACAGUGGAUUGCACGAGCGUCCCAGCUCGUGGACCACGCGCGUCUGCACCAUCCAGAGGAACCAUAGGGCUUUCUCAAUCCGCGAAGCACGCUCGAUCCGCAAAUCUCCACGCUCAUGCUGCUGCACUCGGCGCUUCUUGA